GACUCUCAUUAAUGUCAAGAAGAAUUGGAGGUUCAUUAGAAGAAGGACGAACCUUGCUUGCAGAAGAAAGUGGAUAUUCAUCUCCAAACAUGUCUUCGCAGCCAACACCAACUGCCAACAGGAAACUUAUAACUCCUGCUUUCAGGAGAUCGUUCGAGUUAUGUCCAUAUCGACAUCCCUCUCACGCCAGGAUGAGUCUUCCUUGCGAGCCUUUGAAAGGUAAUGUGGAUGGCAGAUAUUCUGCUCAAGCAUCGGAAAAGAGAUCCCGUCUCAUUCGAGAAAGAAGAGUUAGUCAAGAAGACGAGCCUUGUUUCAAGUUUGAGCCUGGACGAAGGAGGCUUAGUAAACACGGUUCUUGGAGCAAAAAAGGGAGCACCGGUGAGGAGAGCGGAUUUGAAGAAGAAGAACCUGUGGAGAUUCGAGUUCCACCUUGUGUGAUCGAAGAAAGACGCGAUUCUGGAUCUUCGGGUCCAAUUCAGCCGGAUAAUUCAGAUCAUUUGUCCGAAUGGACAAUUCCGUGGGAUAAGUUACGAUUUGGGAAUGUCUUAAGAGGUAGCAAGUUUUGUCGUGCUACGACAAAAAUUUACAGAGGUCGGUGGCACGGCGACGUGAUGAUACACACAUUCGACGGUGAUGAUAGCGCCGCUCGUCAACAGUUCGACCGCCUGGUGACGGUGUUGGCGCUGAUACGUCACGAGAACGUCGAGCUGUUCAUGGGAGCUUGCGUCAAGCCACCCCAGCUCGCGGUGGUCACAGGACCCAGGCGCGGCGUGUCGCUCUACCAUCACAGUCUCACGAGACCUCCGUCGCCUUACUCCUCUAGAAUAGCCGUUGCUAAACAGGUUUCUCAGGCCAUGUCUUACCUUCACUCCCGAGAUAUCGUUCACGGUCAUCUAAAUUCCCGCAAUGUCUUCCUCGAAGCUAAAAUUAAGUUAAGUGUUUUUGACCACAGUAUGGUUGAAGAGGACGUCACGCCUGGGCCUGCCAGGAUACCUCGUCACCUCCUCAACUAUCUUCCCCCUGAGAUUAGUGAAGCCUAA